GGGGCCGGGCCGGAGGAGAGGCGAGGAAGCCGGCCGGGCUAGCGCCGCGACCUGUUCCCAGGGCUGCCCGCGGGCUCCGAGGCCACCAUGAUGAUCCACGGCUUCCAGAGCAGCCACCAGGACUUCUCCUUCGGACCCUGGAAGCUCACGGCGGCCAAGACCCACAUCAUGAAGUCGGCGGACGUGGAGAAGUUAGCUGAUGAGCUGCAUAUGCCAUCUCUUCCCGAAAUGAUGUUUGGAAACAAUGUGUUAAGGAUCCAGCAUGGCUCUGGCUUCGGGAUUGAGUUCAACGCUACAGAUGCGUUAAGAUGUGUAAACAACUACCAAGGGAUGCUUAAGGUGGCCUGUGCUGAAGAGUGGCAGGAAAGCAGGACGGAUGGCGAACACUCCAAGGAAGUGAUUAAACCGUAUGACUGGACCUACACAACAGAUUAUAAGGGAACAUUACUUGGAGAAUCUCUCAAAUUAAAGGUUGUACCUACGACAGAUCAUAUAGAUACGGAGAAGUUGAAAGCCAGAGAGCAGAUUAAGUUUUUCGAAGAAGUGCUUCUGUUUGAGGACGAACUUCAUGAUCAUGGGGUUUCCAGCUUAAGUGUGAAAAUUAGAGUAAUGCCUACUAGCUUUUUCCUGCUGUUGCGAUUUUUUUUGCGAAUCGAUGGGGUGCUUAUCAGAAUGAAUGACACAAGGCUUUACCAUGAGGCUGACAAGACCUACAUGCUACGAGAAUAUACAUCACGAGAAAGCAAAAUUGCUAAUUUAAUGCAUGUUUCACCUUCUCUCUUCACGGAACCUAAUGAAAUAUCACAGUAUUUACCAAUAAAGGAAGCCGUUUGUGAGAAGCUAAUAUUUCCAGAAAGAAUUGAUCCUAACCCUGCUGACUCCCAAGAAAGUGUACCUGUGCAAUAGACUGUGCCACGAUGUCCACUCACUAUGGCAUCUGACCUGAGACCUGGCUGUCGUGGGGGUAUUUUUAUUAUGAGAACUGAUUGCCUUGUUUUUGUGCAGAUUUUCUGUAGCCUUAAAGGAAAAAAAAAAAAAUAAAGGAUGAUUGCAGGCAGAUUCCAUCCAACUGCUGUUUGUACUAUCUUCAAGUUCGCAUUGCAGAUGUAUGUUUCCUGGAGUUCACUUUGGAGUUCUGUAAUAUCCUAACGUGGGAACUUAGCAGUAGCAAUGGCGUCUGUCCCAGGAGCAGCAGGUGUAUUUGCAGCCGUCAUGACGCUGUCUUCCCCAGUGCAGAGGUGACGUCACUGAAUCCCAGCGCCCCGUGACUGCCGGAGGAUCCCUGAUUGUGCUCGGUGAUACAGGCUCUUCCCUUGGGUCACAAUCCUGGAGAGCUGUGACUCGCCAUCUAGGAAAUUAACCUCAUAAUUUAUGAUCUGCAUCCACAAACUGUAAAACUCUAUUCACCCUGAUUUUAAAUUGGAUCUAAAAUUUAAAGAAAGUUUUAGAUAACCGGGAGAAAAACCUGUUGCUUUGGAGAACUUCAGCAGUCAUGUGGCCGGAAGUACAUGAAAUGGUUUAAUCGCAAGUAGGAUGAGGAUGUUGCCUUUCUUCCAUCUGCAAGUGCUUCUUAGCACAGGGCUUGCGGUACACUGAGUGCACGAAGGUCCGUGUCACACCUGGGUGGUGACUCUGAUGAUAACCCAGUAAACAUUUCAUGUUUGCUUACUACCUUUUUAAGUGGUUUUCAUAAAGUGAAAGUAAUUAUAGAGCACAGAUUUUUAAAAAAAUGUUCUAAAGAGCAAGAUUAAAAGAAACAGUCCCUUGGUUGUGGUUUGUAAUAAUUGUGCAUAUUUCGACUCAAUUGAUAGCUCACUAAAUGGAAUAAUAAUUUGAAAGUAUUAGCAAGGCUCUUCAGGCCUGUUACUCUGAAGAACCAGUUGGGAGUGGUGUUGGGAACCCGCCAGGCAGGGUCACAUGUAUUAGCCGACUGAUCACAGAAAGUUUUGGGAUCUGUCAGCCUGCUGCAUCUUGCCCAAGGUAUAAGAAACCAGGAUGUUUUUAGCUUUAAGAGAACACGUGGUAUGUACAGUGUGUGUUAAAUAUGCCUUUAUUGAAUAUUUUCUGUUAGGACAGGAAAGUGUGUGUGCAUGGUACUGAGUUUUCUGUUUUACUUUAUUUGCCAUGCAGAUUUGAACAGAAUAGACUCUUUUCAUGCAAAUUCUAAGAAAUUAAAAACUUGUAAGAAUAUCCAUUGAUUGGGGGUUCUGGGCAACAUUAUUUUGUGUAUGUAUGUGUACACACAUUUUGAAAAACUUGUUGAUUUAGAUGUCUUGAUUCCUGGAUAGUCUAAGGAUUAUUAAUUUUGAGAAUGCACUGUUUAAAAAAAUCAUAGGAAAUUUUAAAAAUUGACUUUAAAGAAAAAAAUAGGAGGUAGGUGUAAUCGGUAUGCUUACUAGUUUAUUCCUGUGGAGAACACCAACAAAAUGUGUUUCUGGCCAUUGCUAAAUAUGACAUUUCCAUUUUAUAUUUAUUUGUUGCAAGUGUCCUUUUGUAAGUGAAGAAUAAAUAAGGAA